CAGGGAAACCGAAACCGAACGUAGGGGUAGUCAAUGUCGUGCGGUUGACGUGUUAAAGGCUGAAACACAAGCGCAAUGAUCCAUUUCCAUUGUGUUGUUCCUCCUUAAGAGCAACAGACACCGGUAGUCAGCAGCCACCCAGUCUUUGCGGUGUACGCCAAUGAUUCGCUUAGGAGAGAAGUCGCUCUUGAUACCAACGUGAGUGCGACGAAUCUACACCAGCAAAAUGGAGUACAACUAUGAUAACCACAUAGAACUGCUCUUAGCACAUAUGAAUAUCGAGGACAUCAUCGACGCAGCAGAGACACUCUUUCAUCUUGAGGAAGAAGAAGAACAGUCAGAGAUCUUGUCGUCCGAGGGAGAAAGUCUAUCCCCUGUUUCAAUGGAUGGGAAUGAAGUGGUUGGAAAGUUUGGAAGUCAGCAUGAUGACUACAAUAAUGAGGCUGGAAGUGUCCAGCACGGUACAGUAACAGACCUCCUCUCCUUUGUCAAUCUGCUCUCCAACAUGCAAGCAACGGCCUUGCAGCACCUGCCUGAGGAGAUGGGAGUCCUGCUAAAUAAAAAAGACAUGGUUGUAAAGAAUGGGCGCUAUAAGAUCAACAAGGAUGUGCUACUAUUUCCCUGGCAACUGACCUACAAGAACCGGGGCUCUGACCUCGUACCAAUGGGCUCCUUUGGGAAAGUUCACUUAGCUCAGGAUAUCACAACCCGGAAGAGAAUGGCAUGUAAACUGAUUCCCAUGGAGAAUUUUAGAGGGGCCGAAGUAGAGUUUCAGGCUCGCUUCACCCACGAGAACAUCGCCAAACUCUACGGGGCUUUGCUGUGGGAACAGAACGUCCAUCUCUUCAUGGAGGCAGGCGAUUGCGGCUCGGUCCUGGAGAAGAUAGACAGCUGCGGGCCAAUGCGGGAGUUUGAGAUUAUCUGGGUGACCAAGCACAUUCUUCGGGCCCUGGAGUACCUGCACUCACACAACGUCAUCCAUCACGACAUCAAACCCAGUAACAUUGUCCUGAUGUCAGACAAGGCUGUCCUGGUGGACUUUGGCCUGACCGUGCAAAUGACAGAAGAUGUCUUUAUACCGAGAGACUUGAGAGGAACAGAGAUGUACAUGAGUCCAGAACUGGUUUUGUGUCGUGGGCAUGAUACCAAAACAGAUAUCUACAGCCUGGGAACCACCAUCAUUCACAUGCAGACUGGGAACCCACCCUGGGUUAGAAGAUAUCCACGCACUGCCUACCCAUCCUACCUUUAUAUUAUACAUAAGCAAGCACCCCCCCUAGAGGAUAUAGGUGAAGACUGCAGCCCGACCAUGCGGUCUUUCCUGGAACGAGCUUUAGAGAAGAACCCCACACUGAGGAGCUCCGCAUCGGAGCUGCUGAAGGAUGAGGCCAUCAACCCGCCUAAAGAGGACCAGCCCAGGUGCUGGAGUCUCGACUCAGCUCUGGAGGAGGCUAACCACGCCAUGCUGUACCAGCAGAACCAGCAAGAUGACAGUGCACAAGACUCUUCACUUUAUGCUGAAGUCUCGAGCCCCCAAAAGAGGAAUGGCUCCUUAUACCUCGACCUGGGGGCCAUGUCUGGCGACUGCCCACUUGUGACAGGGCCCCCAGCUUCAGAAUACGGAUAACAUCUCCCCCAUUUAUGUGGUUGACCUUUGGUAUAAGCCAGUUAAUAAUAUUCAAGCAAUGUUCUUUAAUUGCCCGGCUUCAUUGUUGCGGACCACUUGGUUCUGUGGCGCAACGGGGUGCUCCAGGCGAAACCGCUCACUGAUGACCUGUUUACAAGACUCACAAUAACUAAUUAGCGAAUCCUUCGAGAUGAAGUUGGCCGAUGUGACUCACAGCACUGCGGGACAGUAGUUGAAUGAGCCACAUUGAUGUCUAUGUGCAUGAAUUGUUAGUAAGUUUCCAUUUCCAAACCUUUUAUGGUGGUGUGUUAUAUCUUUAUAUGUAUUUGCCUGAUUGUCUGCAAUUUCUUCAAGUAUGUGUGCACUCUGGAAUCAUGAGUCCUUUAGUUCUUCAUGGACUUCCUCAUUCUAAUUCCUGUGGAAUAUUAAUAGCAUCAUCAUGUGAUACUGGGUUCGUGUAUUGUACAUCCUUUGAGAUGAGCAAUUC